AGCCCCAGCAGACGGCGGAGCCCGCAGAAGUCAUGGGUAUUUUCGAGGCAGCCAAUCGGGAGUUUGAGAGCACGGAGUCAGGAAGUGACACUUCAGAAGAACUUUCUACACAAGAUGGAAAGUCCCCAGGAGAAACAGCAGCUGGUUUGAAAACUGGACCGAAGGACUGUGCUCUCCCUGACACUCAAUUACAAAGGGAAGAAAGACCAACAAGUGCUUGCUCUUCUUCCAGUGUGGUGGGGGAAGUAGUAAAAACUAUUCAGUACUUCAUGGAGAAGUCCGGCAUGGACCUGUUCACCGUUACACAGGCCCUUCUGAAAAACACUGGUGAAGUGGAGACUACUCUAUACUUUCUGCAGACGGGGCAGCGCUUGGAUGGGUACCCUGUAUGGAGCAGAGAGGAUGAUCUGGAAUUGCAAAAGGAUGAUGAACAUGUCAGAAAUAAACUGAUAGCAAAAUUUGGAGCUGAAAAUGUAGCAAAACGGGUGGCAUUUAGGAAGAGUUAG